GCGGCUGUAGCAUUACUUCCCACCUGUGGGCGUCCACUAUCUACGAGAGGCAUACAUGAAGGAGCUUCCGAACUCUUCACGGACAUCGACAUCCACUUCACGUAGGAUAAGCGGUCGUGAGAAUCAUACUCCAAAUCGGUCAAUUUCGAGAGACUGUCCUGCUACACUCCUCCCAGGGGCUUUCUUCAUUGUAGGCGUGCAGGAUGUCGGACACUCAAACAACCGCCUCGAACAACACGGGCCUGUCCUCUGAACAGACCGUUAUACCUGUUGCCCCCUCCGCCAACGGUCGUGCGUCGGGUAAGCCUUGGAAGUCCCGCAAAACGGCCAUCGUGCGCUCGACCCUGCCCGACGGAGUGAAGACCAAGAAAUGGGAAGACCGGAUGGAGAAGGCUAAGAGAGAGCAGGCCAUGAAAAAGCUGCAGGCGGAAUUGAAAGAAGAGAAGCAGGCAGAGAUUGCUCGGAGACGAGAGAUAACCCAGGAAAGGAAGAAGAUGGCCGAGGAGAGGCAAAGAGCAGAGGACCUAAAGGCGAAGAUGGGAGCUCGCAAGGCUGCGAGAUUACGCCGCAGAGCCGGGAGGACGAAGAAAAUCAGUCAUUGAUACUCUCGGCUUUUCCGUGUCUGUGGUCAUCAACGAUGAUGCUCUGCAGCACUCAUGUUGGGUAUUACAAUCAUUUUUUGGGGAUAUCCUAAGCAGUCCGACACAUCAAGGGCACCUACAGUUCCCAGCUGGAAUCCAUCUCGCCCUCCUUCACGAAAGGCUUAUCCAAGCCAACUACCACGCUCUCGCAGAGCGGACAGCUGCUCGCUAGCACUUCGUCCAACUCAGCUCGCAGCUUCUCCGUCUUCUUGCCCCCGUCCUUUUCGGUCUCCGUCUUCUUCCCCCCCAUACCGGGUAUCCAGCCAGGCGCGGAAACAACGGAAGCCAGAGCGUCGGGUACGAUCAGAUCCCGCAGGCGAUCACCAGCGGAAAGUAGAUUCCUGCCAAUGGCAUUGGCCGUUCUUGUACCGUUUUGUAGCGGGUUUGUUAGAUUGGUGAAAUUAGCAGAUAGCAGUGUGCGCUGCGAAAGUGGUUGUCGAGGCCCUUGUCCGCCUGGAG